GGAAAAGAUUUGAAGAUGUAUGGUCUGUCCAACGUCCCGGAUGUCACAGUCCUCCCCAUCGAGAGUAGCUUCCGAGCGAUCAUAUUGGCAUCUGAUGGUCUCUGGGAUGUUUAUUCGGCGCAAGAAGCGGCAGUAAUAGCACAGACAGCGAGGGCGGCAGGGGCUGCGAAUUACUCGCUUGCCAUUAUGGUGAAGUAA